AUGAGUUCUUACGUGGAACUACGGCAUCGUAAGAAAGCAGCUGUUUCUGUUAGACUUAUUAUCUGACAAUCGACAUUGAAGGAAUAAAUACCUAGUAAUAAUGUUGCUGCAUUAAAUUUAUUGCACACAGCUUACAACAUUUAUGACCGCAAAACGCAGUAGUGAGUUUGUCAUCGACGUUAUCUCUUCCGUGUCUUUCUAUAUGAUAUUCGUGAUUCUGUACAGUGCGCUUUGGAUUAACAUUGGAACAGUAUGUCCAAUUUUUAUCGUACACCUUUAUUGCCAUAAAAAUAUAUCUGAUAUUUAAACUUUUAUACGAGAGAAGUUCCAAAAAUAAUGUUUCGUGCGAUCAUGUUGCUUCACGAAUUACCCGAAUUGCAUCCUCUUCUAUCCUACCCGGGCAUUGUGUUAAGAAAUAAAAAGAAAGUCCCUUUUUUCACUCACAUUUUCACAUAUACUAUUUUUUAAUUAAAUAAAUAGCAUAUUUUUGUUAUUUUUUAAAAAGUGUAUUUUAUCCUUGCAACUUCCCUCGUAUACGACAAUUUUUUCCGAAUCUCACAACGCGAAACAGCGUAGAACGUAGACUAGAUUGUUGACAUGUUAAAGAUAAAAUGCUUAAUGGAGCAACUACAGUGCAUCUACGAUGAACUGAGAGAUGAGAAUGAAAUUGCUAUUUUGAAACGGUAUGGACUCAACACGAAAAAUUAUACAUUUAAAUUGACAAGUAAGUAAUAAACACAAUUUUAUCUUCAGUAGUUCAUCAUACGUAUGUACAAUGAACUAUACGAUCUAUUUAAAGCCAAAUAACGAGUACGUGUGCAUGCCAAUAUAGGUAGAUAUUUGCUUAUCACUUGUAUUGAUUUUUAAAGUAUUCCUUAGUAGUUGGUACAUUCUUCGUCGGCUCAAUUAUAAUGUCGUCAUCAUCUCAUAUCUUCAAUACCCUAUUAUGCCGAAGUGAAUAUUCAUUAUAUAAGUGGCAUUUCGAGACUGAAUACUUUAUUGAUCCUGAUGAUAUAGAUAGAUAUUUCUAUUUGAUCUUGCUACAUGUCAGCGCAGCUAUGUGUGUGGGAAUGAUUGUAAUGAUAGGGAGCGGCACAACAAUCAUUGGAUAUCUUCAACAUGCCUGCGGCAUGUUUAAAAUCGCCAGGUGAGGAAAUAAAGACUGAAAAGACGUCUCACCUAAAAAUAUUGGACUAUGAAUGUAAUUUGCUUCACUUUAUCCAGUUUCUAAUUUUAAUCUUGAGUUUAAUCUUUAGUUUAAUAUAUUUAAUUUAAUUUAAUUUUCGUGCGUUCGCUUUAAAUUUCGUUGUCGUCUGUUUUUCAUUAUUCUUUUCAAGCCAAUUCACGGGGGACAAUGUGAUCGGAACCAAGAAAUUAAUUGCAGCUACCGCAUCGAUCGGGCUAUGAAAAUCAGUUUCCCAGUAAAAGAUCCUCUAAAACAGAGCAAUUUGAUUGCCAAGGAAUUGGUUAAUGGCAUUGAUAUGCAUCGUACAGCUUUAAGGAUAUCAAACAUGACGGCGCAGAACGACACGGAUAAGCUGACGAGGGAGGACUUUGACGCUGGUCCUUGCAGCUUCGAUGAAAUCGAGCCUGGCCUCUUUUUGGGCAAUCUCACAGCUGCCGCAGACAUUGAUUGGCUGAAGGAGGUCGCGAUAACUCACAUACUAACAGUGGACUCAUGUCCAUUGCCAAGAAAGAUCCAGGAUCACCUGCCUAACUUGAUCACCAAGUACAUCCAGGUGACAGACAUGCCGCGCGAGGACCUGCUCACACACUUCGAGGACUCGUACGAGUUCAUCGACCGCGCCCUGGAGUCGAACGGCCGGGUGUUGGUGCAUUGUUACUUCGGCAUGUCGAGGUCCGCCACCGUUGUGAUUGCUUACGCGAUGAAGAAGCGGGAGAGCAGCUUCGCGGACGCGUUCCACGCGGUGAAGGCGAAGCGGCGCUUCGUCGCACCGAAUCCCGGCUUCGUGGCGCAGCUGCGCCUCUACGAGGACAUGGGCUUCGGCGUCGACAACAGCAACGUGCAGUUCAAGAUGUACCGGCUGCAGAUCGCGGCCGACAAGGUGCGCAAGGCGCGUAUCUUACCGCAGAGCUGCAUCGACCUGGUGAAGCCGGACCCGGCGCUUACGACGGUGCGCCCCGAGCCGACGGUCUACCGUUGCAAGAAAUGCCGUCGCAUCGUCGCCAGCGCCAGCAACAUCCUGCCGCACGCACCGCGCGAGAAGCAGAUCUGGCGGCACAUCAGCAGCAGCGGGGCGAAGGACGCCGCCGAGGGGUGCGACAAGCUGCUUCAGAAGAGGGAGGAACCGCGCGUCGAACUCUGCGACAAGAUCUACUUCGUCGAGCCGCUCGCCUGGAUGCCCGACAUCACCCACGCGGUGGAGGGCAAGCUCAACUGUCCCAAGUGCAACACGAAGCUCGGCUCCUACAGCUGGAUCGCCGGCAGCCAGUGCCCCUGCGGCAGCAAGAUCGCGCCAGCCUUCUACCUGGUGCCCUCCAAGGUCGAUUGGAGCAACGUCGUGCAGAACGUGCAAGGCCCUGAAUAUCCCAACCAAGACGACACGAACCGCCGAGAGAGACAUCGUGAAGACGUUCUUUAACCGAUACCCGAUAGACGCCCAAUGAAGCUCUCAGACAUCUCGCACGCGUCUUUCCGCUGCAUUCUUCGGAACGGUUCUGUCGCUUUGGCACGUCCACCGUAUUGUAUUUAAUGUUACGAUUUAAGAUUAUAUGAUCUGAGAUGAUGCAUGCUCAAACCUCAACGGACAUCAUAAACCUUAACUCUUACCGCAACUCGCACCAUGAAGUCUGUAUGGUCUUCUUCGCGAAGAAAAGACCCAGGUAGCAGGAUGACAUCAGAUGACGUAUUAAUAACGUCUCAAUGACAUCUCUAACGUCCAUAAUAUGUCUUUAAGAUACGUCGUUAAGACGUCUUCAGACGUCAUCCUGCUAUUUGGAGAAGAGAUCGAUAAAAAUUCAAGUACUUAUGAGGGAUAUUUUAUCAUAUCAUAUCUUGUAUGUAAGGCUUUUUUAAAUUUUAACAAUAAUUUAAGCAAUACGUGCACUGCGUAAUAUUCGAGAUACCUCAUAGUACCCGCUGAGGAUUGAGAACGUCUCAAAAUUUGCGAGAGAGAGAGAGAGAGAGAGAGAGAGAGAGAGAGAGAGAGAGAGAGGCGAUUGCGACCAAUGUGUACGCAAGCUGACUAUAUUCUAAUCCUGUGCCAAUAUUUCGAUAUGUGUACAUAUAUCUAUAUACAAGUAUUUGUUACGUAUAUCUGUACGUUGUACUUUUCUUAUUACAUAUAUCGCGAGAGAGAUGAGAAGACAUCCUCGUGAACGUUUUCCGACACUUCGGUGUUUUUAUAAUAUAUAUAUUGCACGGUACUAUCUUUUCAUCUAUUACCGUCUAUAAUCUAUACAUACUACAUGUAUACCUGUUUGUAUGUGUGUAAGGCCGCAACUUCGUAGAAUAACGUUUUCUCUGUAUUAACUGCGUUAACUUAAUUAAUAACGAUGUUCGGAUAUA